AUGACGGCCACCAUCGAUAAUCGCGUGUAUGACGAACUUGAAGCUCUUGAAGCUAUCCUGAUUGAAGACCUAGCAGUCAAACAUGAAGAUGGCGUGCCGAGAAUAAUCGAAACCGUGAUCCAUCCCUCAACUGGCGAUCAGAUCGAUCAACAAUACGUCUGCUUAACUUUAGAGGUCAAGUUGACCCUAGACUAUCCUGAGAGCAGUCCAGAAGUUUUUCUCAGAAACCCUCGAGGUUUAGAUGACAAACUGCUCUCUAAAAUUGAUUCCAAAAUAAAGGAAAAAUUGGACACACAUAUUGGCAACCCGAUUGUUUUUGAACUGAUAGAGAUUGUACGUGAGUAUCUCACACAAUGCAACCUACCGAGUGGUCAAUGCGUGAUCUGCCUUCAUAACUUCGUCAAAGGAGAUGUCUUCAUCAAGACGCCCUGCUACCAUCACUUCCACAGCCACUGCUUAUCCAAGCAUCUGAUCAACAGCAAGAAGUACUAUUUGGAGGAAAUGGAGAAACUGCCCAACUGGCAAAGGGCCCAAGCUGCACCAUAUCAGCAAACUUGCCCAGUCUGCCGAUGCAGUGUCUCCUUCGACGUGAAGACCCUAGAGCAGGCCCCGCCGCCGGUAGACUCCAUUAACGCCCCACCUUUCCGUUUAACAGAUGAGUUGAAGGCGUUGCAAGAACGUAUGGCGGAGGUACUCGCGCGUCAGAUUGCGCGCGGUGGCGUGGUGGGCUCCGGGGACGACGGCCCGCCGCUGUUGACUAUCACAACACCUGAAGAUAAGGAGGAAGCCAAGAGCUCUACCAGCGGAACGGGGGUGAAGGCCGAGGCAAGUGUACCGCGCGCUAUACCCAGCACAUCCACUGAUAACGUCCACGAGCAGCCGUAUCGUGGGCCAUACCGUGGAUUUAACCGUCGCGGCAAGCCGGGGCGGCGCGGGCGCGGCGCGCGG